ACAAGAGAAGAAACAGUCUAAAGAGAGACAUAAUCUGCAAGAUCUUAGAAGUUAGAAGUAGAUCAAUAACAAAAAAAAAAAAAAAGAAAAACAAAGAAAGAGAUGGGAAGUGACAAAAAGGUGGCAUUAUUUUGUAUUUUAGUAGCCUCAUUUGUAAUGGCAUCUCACGCUUCACUACAGCAAGAUGAACAGGAAUGUGCAGACCAACUAACGAAUCUUGCAUCUUGCAUUCCAUUUGUGAGUGGCACUGCGGAGAAGCCAACAGCAGAGUGCUGCCAAGACACCCAGAAAGUGAAGGCCAACAAGCCCAAAUGCUUGUGUGUUCUCAUUAAAGAGAGCACUGACCCCUCCAUGGGUCUUCCUGUCAACACCACUCUUGCCCUUCAAAUGCCUUCUGCUUGCAACAUCGAUGCCAAAGUCUCCGAUUGCCCUUCUAUAUUGAACCUCCUGCCAGACUCCCCGGAUGCAAAGAUCUUUAAAGAAGCAACUGGUUCAGAUUCUAGCACCACAUCCUCCUAUACAGAUUCUGCACCAAGCUCUGCUUCUGCUUCUUCUGGAUCUUCAUCAUCAUCUCCUGAUUCCAGUUCAAACUCCGACUCGAAGACAACUUCAAGCAGCAAUAAUGGAGCAAAGAAGAAAUUGUUUGGAGGAUGGAUAAUAAUGGCUUUCGUUGCAUGGUUGUUGAUCUAAGCUGGAUUAUGCAUGUAUGGAGAACAAAUUUAGAGGCGCUUAGGGAACAAUAGUAAUUCUGGUCUUGCUAACUUUGUUUUGUUCCCUUCUAAAUUUCAUAACAAUAGAAAAUAAUGAGACAGGAGACUCUCUUGCAUUUAGCAAGAAAUUUGGAGCUUGGUCAAAACAUAAAAAUUGUUGAGCUAUGUCUUAUAAAACUUUUAGCACUAGUUUCACUUAA